AUGGAGGCAGGUUCGAGUGGAUUCUCUGCCAUGGCACCACCAAUGUUCGAUGGGGAGAAUUAUCAAGCAUGGGCUAUUAAAAUGACAGCUUUUAUGGAAGGUUGUGAUUUGUGGGAAGCGGUGGAAGAAGACUACGAGGUGGCUCCCCUUCCUAACAAUCCAACCAUGGCUCAGAUCAAGCUGCACAAGGAGAAGAAGACCAGGAAGGCAAAGGCAAAAUCGUGUCUUUAUGCUGUUGUGUCACCCACCGUUUUCACCAGAAUCAUGAGGCUUGAGUCAGCAAAAGCUAUUUGGGAUUACUUGAAGGAAGAAUAUGAAGGAGAUGAGAAGAUUAGAGGUAUGAAAGUGUUAAAUUUGUUGAGAGAAUUUGAAAGGCUUCAGAUGAAAGAGAGAGAGACCGUGAAGGAUUUUGCUGAUAAGCUUGUGGAGAUUGCUAACAAGAUUAGAGUGCUGGGAACUGAUAUGAAGGAUGAUAGGCUAGUGCAAAAAAUUUUGGUUUCUGUACCAGAAAGGUUCGAGGCAACUAUUGCUUCAUUGGAGAACACUAAGGAACUUUCAAACAUCAAACUUGCUUAA